AUGAACAAGAACCCUUUUGCGACACCUGCUUACGCCGCUCAGCCUCCUCUACCCCCAGGCCCCCCUCCCCCUCAGCCAACACAACCGGACUAUUCAGCGUAUUGGGCUGCCGCGGCGGCACAACAGCAAGCCGGAGCCGCGAACGCGUACGCCGCCAAUGGAACGCCUGUUGCUGCUGCCGCCGCUGCCGCUCGCCCAGCAGACCAAUCUCAGUGUAUGCAAACUACGGUUACGGCGCGAACUGGCAACAUCAACAGCACCAGCGGGCGCAACCCCAACAGCAGCACUACCAACCCCCCCUCCUGUGGUGCAACCUCCUCCUCCCCUCCCCAACAGCAGCCGCAAUAUAGUCCCUACCAGCCUCAGGCAGGGGCAUAUCAGCAGCCGUAUCCUGCGCCCCCACAGCCGUACCAGCCCCAGCCGUACCUCCCUCAGCAACAGCAGCAGCAGCGUCAGAACAACCGGCCCUUCAAUGCCCAUAUGGGCUCCCCUCAGCAGUUUCCUCCCGCCAAGCGACAGCGAUUCGAUGGCCCCAAUCAGCAGCAUCGUGGCCCUGUCCCGCCUCCGCCCCAGUUCCAGCCUCCUCCGCCUCCUCCUAUGCAGCAGCAGGGCAUGUUCAACGCGGGUCCUCCGAUGGGCGGCCGAGGAAGCUUCAACAACAACAGCGGCCGCGGAGGGCGCGGAGGGCCGAUGAACAACAGAGGCACGACCCGAGGAGGCCGCGGCGGCAGCGGCAGCAGCAGCAGCUACAACAACAACAUGGGCGGGCGCGGCGGUCCCACUCGCGGCGGUUUCCAAAGAAACACCCAGCGUGGCGGGUAUCAGCAGCACCAGAACUACCAGCAGAAUUACCCCCAGCAGAGCAAUUACCACCACCAGAAUCAGAACCAGAACUACUCGACAUCACGCGGACGCGGACAAGGCUACCAGCACUCGACUCGGGGGGGCCGACACGAAUCGGGAGCCCUCGGCGGGCACAACAGCUUCAGCGCAUCAAGCAGCUUCACCAGUGGCGGCGGUAAGAAAGACGAAAACAAGCGGACGCUCACGGACUUUAAGAUCGUGGGGCUCAAGAUCCCGGAACUCUCUUGGACUUGGGAACCCGCGGUCAAGGAGGAGGCCAAGCCUGUCGAGACACCCGCCGUUGCGCCGUCCACUGAGGGAACCGCUCCAGCCAUUGCUGACGGUUCAAGCAUUGGCACGGACGCUGCGGUGGUCGUCGCUUCUGCUCCUGCUCUUCCUCCUGCUCCUGCUUCGGACGAGUCUACGGUGAAGGCGGAGCUUGAGGCUCUCAUCCCACCUCCUCCGAGUUCGAGGGUCCGGAUGUACUUCCACACGCCCGCGAGCUAUGCCGCCGCGCUUCCCAAUGCUCGCAAAGGGAAGCGCAAGAAGCUCGAGGAUGAUGAUGGGGACUACGAGGACGGUCGGGGUGCACCCCCUCCUCCGCCUGGGAUGGAUGGUUCGGACUAUGAUGGGGCUGGGCGAGACAGCGUUGCCCCCAGUGUCGCGGAAACGGCGAGUGACGGCGAUUGGUUGAUGGCUGCCAUUGGCGAAGAGGAGGGCGAGGGCGGGGAAAACCUGCAUGUCAGCGAAGUCGAGAACUUCGUGCAGCACGGGGAUGCCGAUGGGGAUUAUGGCAAUGAGUAUGCGCAAGGAGACGGUGACCAUGCAAUGGGCGACGAGGACGCGCAGGGCUCGGACGUCGGUCCUGACGACGAGCAUUACCAGAGUUUCCCUCCUGAGGGGGUCCAUGAUUCCCCUGAAAACCCCCCUCUGGUCAAUGGCCAUGGCCAUGCGGCUGAUGUGCCUUCAGGCUCUCAGCAACCUCUGGAAGGCAUCGCUGUCCCGGCCGUCUCGCAAGCGGACUCGAACGAGACUUCUCAGGAACCGAUUUCCUCUGCUCCUCUUCCUUCUCAAGAGAUUCCUCAGCCUCUGGACGCUCCCUCUUCUGCGCCUCCCGAGGCAUGUUCGGAGAGCGCGGCCCCCGCAGCUGCUGACUCGACGGCUGCACCUCACCCACUUCAGGCUACAGAAACCCGCCGAGACUCCGCUUAUACGCCUACUGUUUUCGACGGCGAGCACCUGCAAGAUGAGGGCUUCGAGGCCACUCAACCUGUCGACCAGUACAGCGCUGACCCCGCUGAAGGCACUCCCACCACUGCGACCCUCCUGGGAGAGAAGGUUCCAUCCGCAAACCGCUUGUCCGUAUCCUACGCCGGCGCGACCAGGCGACUCGUCAUCGACGCAGAGGCUGUACCGAACCUCAAGGUCUUCAGGACAGAAGGCCGCAUCGAGGUGACUGUGUCACUAGCGGUCGACGAGCGUGGUGGUUUCAAGGGCAUCGCGAUGGAAGGAUGCUCUGAGGAAAGCACCUAUGUUUCAUUGGAGCUUUCGGAACAACUCGAAAGUGAUACGACCGUGCCCCCGCUCUGGAAAGCCAGCAUCCCAUCGGAGGUCACGUUGGUCCUCUACCUCGACAAGGAGAAACCGCUGUCAGAGCCUCGAUGGGUGAAGACGGGUGAUGUACAAGAAUGGCUCCGAAGCAUGUUCGGGCGGAUGUUCUGGGUCGCGGGCGACGCCGCCGACGGAUGGGAGAAGAAAGCGGAAGUCGUAGAUCCCGAUCCGGCUCCGACCAUCUUCACCGUCCUCGAAUCAUGGGCGGCCAACUCCAACGUCGGCCAGCCGACGGAACGCCAGCGCUUCCUCCGUACGCACAUGGUCGAGACCGACAACAUCCUUGAAAUCCUCCUCCGCCUCGUCCGCGGUGAACGCUCGUCGUUCACCCAAAACGCGCCCAUCGCGCCGCCCUCGGUCUCGGGCGCGCUCCUGUCCGCGCUCGAACCCGGGUCGGCGCACGGCGCACAGCAGACUCACGUCUCGCUCGCGGUGCUCGCCAUCUUCCGGCUCUCGUCGAGUACGCGAAGAAGGCGUCGGGGACAAGGGCAAGAGCGAGGUCGAGGAGCGUGUGGGGAGAUCAUCCGGAGUCUGCCCUCCCACCUGAUCUACAAAAGCCUGGAUGGCAUCUUCAAAGAGUGGCGCGUCGAGAAGAAGGGCGGAAGGGUGACGCAGUGA